AUGUCCGAUCCAGUAUUACCUAAUUCAACUACGGUGGGACAAAAUAAGUCCUUACCGGGAGAUAUUUCCAAUAGCAUUACCAAUUCAGAAACUGAACCAGUAUCAAUUGGAUUAGUAACCAAUCAACCUGCAGUAGAGGUAGCAGGAGGAAGUACAGAAAUAGAAACAGAAACAGAAUCAUCAACGGAUGCAAUGGCAGUUGUUGGGUCUUCGACUAAUGCAAAUGAAAUUAACUUAUCAGAAACAAUAGGUGGAUCUAAAACAAGGAAAUAUUUGAAUCAACAUAUUACUCCAUACUUGUUAAAUGGGAUGCGAAUGAUUGCUGUGGAAAAGCCAGCUGAUCCUCUUAGGGCAUUGGGAGAAUAUUUAAUAAAACAGAGCGAUCAAUUGAAUAAUGCAAAUGAUCAAACAAAACAAUAG